AUGUUCACUUCAGUGAAGGCCUUCGAGGGGCAGCAGUAUUCCACCCUGAAGAGGCAGUGCUUGCAGAGUGGCCUGCUCUUUGAGGACCCCCGCUUCCCCUCCACCGACGACUCACUCUUCUACCAGGGCAACAGGAUCGGACGUGUGGUCUGGAAGAGGCCUCGGGAGCUGUGUGAAGACCCUCACCUGUUCGUCGAUGGAAUCAGUGCACACGAUUUACAUCAGGGACAGCUGGGGAACUGCUGGUUUGUGGCGGCGUGCUCCAGCCUGGCCUCCAGAGAGUCUCUGUGGCAAAAAGUCAUUCCUGACUGGAAGGAGCAGGAGUGGGAUACGGAGAAGCCAGAGUCGUACGCUGGGAUUUUCCACUUCCGCUUCUGGCGCUUCGGUGAGUGGGUGGACGUGGUGAUUGACGACCGCCUACCGACGGUGGACAACCAGCUGGUCUACUGCCACUCCAAUGACAGCAACGAGUUCUGGAGUGCUCUCGUGGAGAAGGCCUACGCCAAGGUUUAUGGCUGCUACGAAGCUCUGGAUGGGGGGAACACAGCUGACGCGCUGGUGGACUUCACAGGUGGCGUUUCGGAGCCUGUGGACUUGCUGGAGGGUCAGAUGGCUACAGACGAGGUGGCUCGUAACCAGCUGUUUGAACGGGUUCUCAAAGUCCACAACAGAGACGGCCUCAUCAGCUGUUCCAUCAGGGCAACCACGAUUGAGGAUAUGGAGGCACGGCUGGACUGUGGCCUGGUCAAAGGCCACGCUUACGCUGUGACGGAUGUACGGAAAGUGCGGCUAGGUCAUGGACUGCUUGCCUUCUUCAAAUCGGAGAAGCUGCAGAUGAUUCGCAUGAGAAACCCCUGGGGAGAGAAGGAGUGGAGCGGCCCUUGGAGCGACAGUUCAGAGGAGUGGAACAAAGUGAGCAAGAGUGAGAGAGAAAAACUGGGCGUCACUGUGCAGGACGAUGGCGAAUUCUGGAUGACGUUCGACGACUUCUGCCAGUACUUUACCGACCUGAUCCUGUGCCGCCUCAUCAACACCUCCUACCUGAGCAUCCACAAAACGUGGGAGGAGGAGGUGAUGAGGGGCUCCUGGGUCCACCGCCAGGACCCCCUCCGCAAUCGAUCUGGAGGCUGCAUCAAUCACAAGGCCACCUUCCUGCAGAAUCCUCAGUACGUGUUUGAUGUGAAGAAGGUGGAGGACGAGGUGCUGAUCUGCCUACAGCAGAAAGAAAAGAGAGCCACACCCAAAGAGGGAAAAGGGGAAAACCUUGCCAUAGGCUUCGAUAUUCACCGGGUGGAGCUAAAUCGGAAGUACCGUAUGCACUCAGCCCAGCAGAAAGUAGCGGGCUCCAUCUACAUCAACUCGCGAUGCGUCUUCCUCAGGAAGGAGCUGAAGGAGGGCCGUUACGUCAUCAUUCCCACAACCUUUGACCCCGGGCAGCAGGGUGACUUCCUGCUCCGUGUCUUCACUGAUGUGCCUUCAGACUGCAAAGAGCUGUCUCUGGAUGACCCUCCUCAGACGUGUUGGACAGGGAUGUGCGGCUACCCUCAGCUGGUCACUCAGGUCCAUGUGAUGAAUGCUGAGGGUCUGCAGGGACAGGACUCAAAUGGAGCUGUCGAUCCGUACGUGAUCAUCACCUGUGAAGGAGAGAGGGUUCGUUCGCCGGUUCAGAAGGACACACGGUGCCCAAACUUUGACAUCAAAGGCCUGUUCUACCGGAAGAAACCCAAGGAAGGCAUCCACAUCGAGAUCUACAAUAAAAACAUGAUCGUGGACACCUUCCUGGGUCAGGUGAUCAUGUUCAGCGACCCGAACGAGCGGCAGGAGCAGCACACGCUUCACCUCCGCGACAAGGGCACACGCCAGGACAACGACCUGCCGGGCACGCUCACUGUGCGCCUCAUCACCUCGACCACGCUCACCAACAUCUGA